ACAUUUUUCUACAAACAAAUCAGUAUUAACAUCAUUAUGGUCCAGAUAUUUUCAUUCCCCAGCCUUUGUUGGCACCUGCAUAAAUCAAAAAUUAGGAAACUAUUGAAUUGUGUUGAUAUGUUACUACAAUUUCAGAUUUAUUUUUUUAUUAGAACAACAAUAUUAUUAGGUGCUGAUCAUCAUCAAGAGAUAACUUUUUGUGAAAUUGUACCUGCCCCAAAAAUUUUUUGAUGAGCAGAGGAAGCAAUUUUCUCACGAGGGGACAAAUCCAAAAAAAUUCUCAAACUUGUACACAAGAGCAAAUAUGCAAACAUUAAAGUCAAAGCCGAUUCCCAGAAGAGACCAUGUCCCCUCUGACACCACCCUGUGGGCACCCAUGUUAUUGUUCAAUAACCUGUGGCUUC